UUUUAUCUUCCUGGUUACUGGUUACUGGUCACUGGUCAGCCACGGCAGAUCCUCGUAAGGCAAGAUCCGCCGUUUUGGUGGAGCUCAGCUCAGGCCGCUCAAGCCCGCCUCAUCUUGAGCGCGCGUCGUCGCUCCUAUCUUUUUUUCUCCCUCCACCUUUUCUUGUUUGUCAACCACGACACUGCCACUGAUGAUGACAUGACCUGCCUUCCGGCGUUGCUUUCGUUUCCACUUCUACCCUUCGAUUAGCGAUGCGAUAAUACCCUUGGAGCAUUUUCACACUCGUUUACCAGUCUAGUCGCACAUUAUGCAUUUCUCGCCUUCCCGCCUGGUCAUAGGCAUCGCCGUCUUCGUCGCUGUUAGCUUUCUCUACACUAUCAACUCGAUAUCCGCACGCGAUCCUACCUCCAUCUUCUUCAACCCGCGCAAAGGCUAUGCUCCCCGCUAUUCCGCCGUCAGACGCCAGCAAGCCGAGUCCUUCGUCUCGUCUUACAACCCCGCAAACGUGACCAAGGCCGGCCCCGAGAAGCAGCGGAAACUAUGUGUGGGCAUAUCUUCAUACCAGCGCGAUGGUGCUCAGUAUCUGCCGGACGCUGUGGGCUCGUUACUGGAAGGCCUCACGCCUGAAGAGCGACAGGAGAUAUACCUUAUUGUCUUCAUACCCCACUCGAACCCCGGGGCACACCCUGCGUACAACGAGGAGUGGUUGUCUGGUCUUGCCGACGAGGUAUUGACCUACGGAUACGGCUACGACCGCAUGCAGUACAUCCGGAUAAUGGAGGCACGAAACAAUUAUAUCGAGAAGGGUUUGUUCGACUACCAAUACCUGUUGAACAAGUGUACGGAACAAUAUACACCCUAUGUUGCUCUUUUCGAAGACGACACAGUAGCCAUGGACGGCUGGUACCACCGUACCCUCGGCGCCAUCCACGAGGCCGAGCAACAGGCCGCCUUACAGCGCGCGAAACCCGACUUCCUCUAUCUCCGCCUCUUCUAUACCGAAGAGUUCCUCGGCUGGAACGCCGAGGAGUGGAAGACGUACUUGAAGAACUCAAUCUACGUGGCCCUCGUACCCACUGUCGUCAUUCUCUUCCUCCGCUUCGCACAACCCACCACCAAACUCACCCUCGCCCUCAUGACCCGCCGCACUUUCUUCGCCAUGUACACCACACUCGCCCUUCUCAUCCUCAUAUACUUCGGCCUCGGUCGCAUCACCGUCCAACCUAUGGCCGUCGGCGUUCACGAGAUGCCGCGCUUCGCCUGCUGCAGUCAAGCCUUCGUCUUCCCCAACGUCAAAGCCGGCGAACUCGUCGAAUAUUUCAAAGAACGCCAUCUAGGAUACAUGGACGUCAUAACAGAGGACUUUGCCAACGAACGCAACGAGCUGAGAUAUGCGGUCACACCUAGUCUGGUCCAGCAUGUGGGAAGGAAGAGCUUCCACGGUGACGAUGUUGGUCCGAUGAGCAAGUGGAUGUUGAGCGUGGCGGAGAAGACGUGGAGUUUUGCGUUUGAGAAGUUUGAUUGGAGGGCGUUGAGGAGGGAGCAUGAGGAGGUUGCGAAGAUGAGGAGUGACGCGAAAGAUCCGUUUGCUGGAGGGCUGGAGAUAUAGAUACGGGGUUCGAGUAAUGAUUUCCUAUAGAUUACUGACAUGUUAGAUAGAGAUAUACCCAUGAAUUUGUAAAUGUAUUUUGUUUCAAUAAAUUUCACACUGCUAAUGCCU